AUGCUUAAAAACAUCGAUUCCAAUAGAGAAAUUAAUGUUGGCGGCGGCAGCUAUACGAUUUCUUCUACCUUAUCAAUAAAUGAAAUCAUAAAUACUAAAGAACAUUCUUUCAUCUUUGAUCAAAAUACAAUAAUUAAAGAGAAUCGUAAUGAAAACGUUCAAAUAUCUCAAGAUGCUAUGUUUUCAACUUUUAUUCAUAUAACAGUUUCGAAUAAUACACAAGGCGUUAAUGACGAUCUUAUGGAGUAUUCGUUUCUACAUCCUUAUUUUCCCCAAGACGGAGUAAGUGGAAGUUCCUAUUCAGAAGGUGGCUCUUUGUUUGCUCUUGGACCAAUUCACGCAAAUCAUGGUUUUCCUGCCGGUGUUAUUGAUAGUUCUGAUAACAGUUCUACUAGCAUUACUCAA